UGAAAUGAAUGAUGAUUAAUACUAUAUUUUGAUAGGUGACGAUGAGUGAUAGUGAGAAUGAAGUAUUGGCAAACUAUAAAAGAAAAGGGGUGAAAGCAUUAUCCCAAGGAGGUACCAACAUGCCAGCCGGGCCAGCUCCAAACGCUGUAGCCACCCAAACGGAUCUUACUGGGGUAUGCCAAGUUAUGGCUCAGCUUCUUCAACAGCAACAGCAGAUGCAACAAUUGAUGCAACAGCAAGUGCAGGCCGUUGUCCGACCUGCACAGUUUAUGGACUCCUACUAUGAACGGUUCCGGAGGUUGAAUCCCCCUAUGUUUGAUGGUUGAGCCGAUCCGUUGGCUGCUGAGACAUGGAUUCGGGGAAUAGAAGAGAUGUAUGAUGCUCUGCAGUUUCCUGAAGAUGUCAAGGUUAGGUUGGCUAUUCCAAUGAUGAGAGGAAAUGCAAAGUUUUGGUGGACAACCAUGAAAGCUGCAAUUGGAAAUGAUGACAAUAUGCCAACUUAGAAUGAAUUCAAGAAAAUGUUCUAUGAACAAUAUUUUCCUAAGUCGCUAAGAAGGACUAAGGAAAAUGAAUUCUUAUCUUUGAGGUAGAAAGAUAAUAUGACCGUGCUUGAAUAUGCCAACAAGUUCAAUGAACUGGGUCGGUUCUGUCCCCAAUUUACGGAGGCUGAAGAGAGCAAGGCUAACAGGUUCGAGCAGGGCUUGAGGGAUAAGAUUCUAUCCCGAUUGUCAGUCCUGAUCUUCACCAGUUAUGGAGAUGUCCUGGAGAGAGCACUGAAAGUAGAAGCAGAUCUGAAGAGGUCAGAGAAAGAAAGAGGUGAUCUGAAGAGGUCCAGGACAACUGGGGAUCAGAGUGCAAGGCCAAGAAAUUUUGGAGAAAAUGCAAACAAAAAGAACAAAUUUGGGGCCUGCAAUUUCUGUGGCAAGCCACAUGGUGGACUUUGCCUUAAAAAGAUGGGAGCCUGCUUUAACUAUGGUCAGAUUGGGCAUAUUGCACGUGAUUGUCAGCAAAAGAAGAAUGACCCUAGGCCUAUUGGAUCAGGGGAUCAGAAGCAGAAGGGGACUGCUCGGGUCUUUGCAUUGACUCAGCAGGAUGUCAGUGCAAGCGAAAGUGUGGUGACAGGUACUAUCCCCAUCAAUACAGUUGAUACAUCUAUAUUAUUUGAUUCUGGCUCUACACAUUCUUUUGUAUCUAUCAAAUUCUCUAGCUCUUUAUAUUGCAUACCUGAGAAAUUAGUGGAGCCAUUAUAUGUUGCUACACCCCUACAAAAAACAGUAAUUGCUGACAUUAUCUUCAAGAAGUGCAUAAUUCAGUUAGGAGAAAGGGAGUUAGUGGCAGACUUAAUACAGCUAGACAUGCAAGAUUUUGACAUCAUCUUGGGAAUGGAUUGGCUGUCCAAGUACCAUGCUCAUAUAGACUGCUUCAGAAAGAGAGUAGUGUUCCAUAUACCAGGGGAGCUGGAAUUUUUCUUUCAAGGCGAUGCACCCAAGCAAUGUAAGUCUUCUUUACAUAUUGUUUCUGCUAUGUGUGCACGCAAAGCAUUAAGAAAAGGGUGUCAAGCCUAUCUAGCCUAUGUCAUAGAUACUCGAAUUGAGACAAGACUAGAUGAUAUUCCUAUUGUGGGAGAAUACCCUGAUGUUUUCCCUGAUGACCUACCUGGACUGCCCCCUGAUCGGGAGAUUGAUUUUAAGAUUGAUCUUGUACCGGGGGUUGGACCCAUCUCCAAGCCCCCUUAUCGGAUGGCUCCGGCAGAGUUGAGAGAAUUGAAAGCUCAGCUACAAGAACUUCUAGAGAAGAAGUUCAUUCGGCCUAGUGUUUCCCCAUGGGGAGCUCCGGUGUUAUUUGUAAAGAAGAAGGACGGGAGCAUGAGGAUGUGUAUUGACUAUAGGGAGUUGAAUAAAGUAAUAGUGAAGAACAAGUAUCCACUGCCUCGGAUUGAUGACCUAUUUGAUCAGUUGCAAGGGGCGCAAGUGUUCUCAAAGAUAGACUUGCGAUCCGGGUAUCAUCAACUGAAAAUUCAAACAGAAGAUGUGCCUAAAACAGCAUUUCGGACUAGGUAUGGCCAUUAUGAAUUUUUGGUUAUGCCUUUUGGAUUAACCAAUGCUCCUGCUGCCUUUAUGGACCUGAUGAACAGGGUCUUCAAGGAGUUUCUGGAUCAGUUUGUUAUUGUAUUUAUUGAUGACAUACUGGUUUAUUCCAAGAGCAAGGAAGAGCAUGAACAUCAUUUGAGGUUAGUGUUGCAAACUUUGCAAGAAAAGAAGUUACAUGCCAAGCUGAGCAAAUGUGAAUUCUGGCUGGAUAGCAUUGCAUUUCUUGGGCAUGUGAUCUCCAGAAAUGGAAUUUCAGUAGACUCAAAGAAAAUUGAAGCGGUAGUGAACUGGCCUCGUUCUACUAAUGUGACGGAGAUCAGAAGCUUCUUAGGUCUGGCUGGAUACUACAGAAGGUUUGUGGAGGGAUUUUCCCGGAUAGCCAUUCCGUUGACUCGUUUGACUCAGAAACGAGCAAAGUACGAUUGGAGCGGAGAGUGUGAGCCGAGUUUUUAGGAGUUGAAGCAGAAA